AUGUUCUCAUUAAUAUGGAUUUUAAUUAUGCAAUAUUCAUUUGCUAUGAAUUGCUAAUGUAACUAAACUUAGACAAAUAAAUGUUUAAUAAAUUCAGAUUGCAAAUUUAACUUAUCUCCUCAAAAUAUGAGUUUUUCUUUUGAAUUACUUUAAAUAGAAAAUUGUAUAGUGACGAUAUGUAUACAUUAAUAUGGAAAUAGAGCAUAAUUGAAUUUUAGUUAAUUGUCAAUAAAAAAUUCAAUUAUAAAAUAUGAUGAGGAUUGUGAUUCCUAUUUAAAUCUUCAUUUAGUAUUAUAUGGAGAUGAUAUAAGUAUAAAUUUAUCAAAAAUUUUAUUUCAAAGCAAAAACAAUGUAGACUUUAGAUUUGUAAUUAUGAAUAUUAUGAUUAUCUAAGAUACAUAAAUUUUGUUAAAAACCAUAAGUGUGUGUGCAAAAAAUUUAUUAAUAAGUAAUUCUACUUUAAAAAGUGAAAUGUGGAAUAAAUCAGAGUGUUCAUGUUUAAACAAUAAAAAUUGUUCUGAUCCUCAAGAAAAUAAUACUAUUUAUAGUUUUGUAGGUUAUAUUACUUAAAACUUUUCUAAUUUGACACAUUAAUAUAUAGAAAGUUAAUGGUAAGAAUAAUUUGAUUGUAGUUUGUUUAACAUAAAAAAUAUGAGUUAUUUUUCUAUGUUAUUUUCAGUUUAGAAUGAAUUUAAUUUGAUAUAGUAAUCAAAAAUAAAAGGUUUUUAUGUUGGUAUAUAUUCAUAUAUUUUAUCUAUUGAUAAUACAAGUGAAAUAUCAGGUAAUGGUAUGGGAUAUUUGAUAAAUGAAGGAUUAGGUUGUGGUUAUACAGAUAGAAUAAUAGGAUUAAGAUAAUAAUGUGGAGGUACUGGUGGAAGUCAUGGUGGUAUGGGUGGAUUUUCUAUAAGUCCAAAGACAAAUUAUAAUUAGUUGUGUUCAUAAUUAAAAAGUAAAUUCAUAUAUGAUUAUCCAUUCUAUCCUACAUUACCUGGUAGUGGUGGGGGAGGAGUAACAGAUAGAAAAUAAUUUUAAGAUAUAGAAAUAUAAGGAUCAGGAGGAGGAGUAUUAUAUUUUGAAGUUCUAAAUUUAAUAAAUAAUGGAAAACUUACAUCAGAUGGUAUAUCAUAUAUUGAAUAAUCAUUAUAUGGGAGUGGAAGUGGAGGAUCCAUUUAAAUAAGAGUUAUCUAUUUUAGUGGAUAUGGUCUUGUUUCAGCUAAUGGAGGUGGUAUUAAUUAUCAAGAUGAUUAAAAUCAAUAUCAAUUUGCUAGAUAAAAGUUUUAUUAGACAUAUCAAGUUUAUGGAGGCUUUGGAGGAGGAGGAAGAAUAAGAUUAUUCUAUUUCAAUAUUACUGAAAUGAUUAAAAGUACUUAUUAUAACUAUACUAAUAAUACUAUACAAGCUAAUUAUGGAACAAUUUCAAUCUAACAAAAAUAGUUUCUCAAUAUAUCUAAUUAAUCUUUAAUCAAAUAUUAAGGCUCCAUCACACCAACUGGAUGUCCUUAGGGAUAAUUUGGUUAUUUUUGUCAAAAUUGUUCUUUAGGAUAUUUUAAAAUGCUUUACGGUUAAGCUAAAUGUUAACCAUGUUUUAAUUCUAUAAACUCAAAAACUACUAUUUACAUAUAAUCAGGUGAAAGUUCACCUUUUUGUUAAAUUUAAUGCAAAGAUGGUUAAGAAUCAAAAUAUAAUUAAUGUUUUAUUGGGUUAGCAGAUUUUUCAAUGAAUAUAGGUGGACAAAAUGUAAUUUUUGCAAUUUUAGUUGUAAUAAUUUUAUUAUUAAUCAAUAUUGCUAUUGUUUGGGUUAAUAGAGAAAGGAGUAAAAGUAAGCAAAAAUCUUUAUAUGGCUCUUAUGAUGAAACAUCUCUUUAAUAGAUGGAUCAAACUCUAUAUAAUUUAAAUAACAAAACUUUUUUAAUUAGUUAAGAUCUUCAUUUUCAUGUGCGUAGAAUUUAUCUUGGUGGUAACAAUACUUAUUAAAAUCCAUGGUCUAUUUAUUAAGAAACAUUUCUGGAUACUGAUCUCAAUCAAGGAAACAAUUAAAUUUUAGAAAAAUUAUUUAAUACAUUCAAUGAAAAAGCUAAAUUUACAAUUCUUUAAACAAUCACAUUAUAAUUUUUAAAAUUUUAUUAUUAUCCUUUAUAUAUUUGGAUUCUUUAAUUAAUUUAAACAAGCAAAUUUCAUACACUCUCCAAAUUAUUUGUUUAAUAGGAUUAACUUUUUAAUGAAAUAGAUCCUGAAAAAGAUAAAAUUAAACUUAAAUUUUCAUGUUCUAAAGAUAGAACUCUAGCAUUUAUUGAUAGACUUAAUAUCGCUUGGAAAAUUGUUGAAUAAAGUAAUACUUUAGAAUUACCAAUAUAUUUCAUUUUAAGUGGAUAAGGUACCUUCUCUUCCCCAUUUUAAAUUAAUACUCAUGAUGCCCUUAUUAAAAGAUUAUGGUAAUAAAUAGGUUUUAAUAAUAAUGAAGAUGACAUCAAUCUUUUUGAAAAAUUUGUAACUAAAUUUAAUUAUUAUGCUGUAUAGAUAGAUUUUAGAUAAUCUUAAUCAUCAUUUACCAAAAGAUUUUUAGAUCUUCUUAAUUAUACAAAUCUAUAUAACUAUGAAAUUUUUAUUAAAAAUCAUGCCAUUUAAGUUGAUAUUUGCAUUCAUAUUAUAGCUUUGAAAUCAACUUCAUAAAGUUAAGUAUAUAUACUUGGAAAUGCAAAUUAAAGAGAUCUUGAAUUCCUACUCAAAUAAAUUCAUAUAAUGAAUAAUUUACCUAAAAAAUUUAAUAUCAAAUUAUCUAUCAUAUUUAAUCAUUAUAAGAAAGACAGAAUUUUUAAUUUAGAAACAUUUAAUAAUUUAGCCUAAAAUAUUAAUGAAUAAUUCCAAAUUAUUGUAAAUUAAGAUAAAGAAGAACAAAGAAAUCAAGUAUAAAUGGAGAAAAAAAAGAUGUAAUGCAAAAUAAAUCGUUUUAAGUUAGAAGGAAUGAAAUAAUAUAAACUUAAAGGAUUGCAAAAUGUUAAACGAUUUUUUAUUUGGCUUUUUAGUUAAAUAACUAGAUAUCGAGGUAGUAGAGUUAAUUAAGAAUUUCUUAUUGCAGGAAUCUGUAUUGUCUUUGCUAUUUAAUGGGUAUUAUUUAUUUAUUAUUCUUAUAAAGUGUUUUGCCAUAGCUUAUCCAGUCAUUUUGUUAAAACUUGUUCUUGAUAAGAAUUAAGAUGAUAUUUUUUAUGCUGAAUUUAUCACUUAAAUUAUUAUAUUCCCUGUAGCAUAAAUUACAAGUUUAGUAAUUCUUUCUAUUUGGGUAAUACAAUUUAAAAAUAUAAUUAGCUUCUAAAAUAAACAAGAAAUUAUGGUAAAAUGUAUCUUUUAUUUAAUUUAUGUGCUUUAGCAAGUUCCUUUAUUGAAUUUGUUUAUGGAUGUUAUGAUUUAUUCAACAUAAAUUCACUUGUUGAAUAUAAUCUAAUUAAGUUAUUUCCUUUCUUUUUCAUUAUGCUUUAAUCGCAUUUAGUUUGUUUAUAGAUGAAUUUUAAUGAACUCAAUAAAACCAAAUAUUUUGAAAUUUGA